CUACUUUAUGUUCAUACAUUCCCAUCAGCUAAGCUUGUUUAAUUUGCUUUAGAAUCUGGAAAAGAAAUUACAGCUGUAAAAUAUAUGAGGUUUUGAACUACAGAUUUUUCUUCUGACUUUAGAAUUAGCUGUCAUAUUGCCAAGAAAAAAUAAAUGCAGAUGUUGGACCAUGUCAGAUAUCUUGUCAAGAGAGUGGAUUGUUUCACACAGAAUGGAGAUGUGGCUUCUGAUUCUGGUGGCGUAUUUGUUCCAAAGAAAUGUGAAUUCAGGACACAUGCCAACUACAGCUGUGGACCCGGAAGCAUUCAUGAAUAUUAGCGAAAUCAUUCAACAUCAAGGCUAUCCCUGUGAGGAGUAUGAAGUCACGACCGAAGAUGGGUAUAUCCUUUCUGUUAACAGAAUUCCUCAAGGCCUGAUGCAACUUGAGAAGACAGGUUCCAGGCCUGUGGUGUUACUGCAGCAUGGCCUGGUUGGAGAUGCCAGCAACUGGAUUUCCAACCUGCCCAACAAUAGCUUGGGCUUCAUUCUGGCAGAUGCUGGUUUUGACGUGUGGAUGGGAAACAGCAGGGGAAACACCUGGUCUCGGAAACACAAGAACCUCUCCAUAGACCAAGAUGAGUUCUGGGCUUUCAGUUAUGAUGAGAUGGCUAGGUUUGACCUUCCUGCAGUUAUAAACUUUAUUUUGCAGAAAACGGGCCAGGAAAAGAUCUAUUAUAUCGGCUACUCACAGGGCACCACCAUGGGCUUUAUUGCAUUUUCUACCAUGCCAGAGCUGGCUCAGAAAAUCAAAAUGUAUUUUGCUUUAGCACCCAUAGCCACUGUUAAAUAUGCAAAAAGCCCUGGGACCAGAUUUUUGUUGCUGCCUGAUAUGAUGAUCAAGGGAUUGUUUGGCAAAAAGGAAUUUCUGUACCAGACCAGAUUUCUCAGGCAAUUUGUUAUUUACCUUUGUGGCCAGGUGAUUUUUGAUCAGAUUUGUAGCAAUAUCUUGUUACUUCUGGGAGGAUUUAACACCAACAAUAUGAAUAUGAGCCGAGCAAAUGUAUAUGUUGCCCACAAUCCUGCUGGAACAUCUGUGCAAAAUAUUCUACACUGGAGCCAGGCAGUGAAUUCUGGGGAACUCCGGGCAUUUGACUGGGGGAGCGAGACCAAAAAUCUGGAGAAAGGCAAUCAGCCAACUCCUGUCAAGUACAAUGUUAGAGACAUGACAGUCCCUACAGCAAUGUGGACAGGAGGUCAGGAUUGGCUUUCAAAUCCAGAAGAUGUGAAAACCCUGCUCUCCGAAGUGACCAACCUCAUCUAUCAUAAGAACAUUCCUGAAUGGGCUCAUGUGGAUUUCAUCUGGGGUUUGGACGCCCCUCACCGUAUGUACAAUGAAAUCAUACAUCUGAUGAAGCAGGAAGAGACCAACCUUUCCCAGGGAACGUGCGAGGUCAUAUUGUGAAGUGUCUAUGUUGACAAGUCUUAGCAACAACCUCGUGGAAGGUGGG